GUGUGUGUGUGUGUUAUUUAAAUAUGGCGUGGAAGAGCUGGUGAAAUUGAGAUGUCAUUUAAAAAAGAAAGUGCACCACAAAUUUGACGCAUAUGUGAAAACACAAAUAAUACUUAUUAUAGCAACACAGCAAGUACAGCAACGAAGAGAUGUGGAACUUUACCUCUAAAGUAUGGUUUUGUAGCAUUUACUGUCAUGCCACAAAGUUGCUCACCCAUUGGCCCGUUUAUUUACUAUACUAACAACUGAACAGGUCUCUGUCCCAAUGCGUCUCACAGUCAUAACGCAACACGACAUGACAGAGACCAACUAUGAGCGCUUCUAUCACAUCAUGGUUAAUAUAUUUGUGCUCCACAAUAUACGUCAUAUAUCUUGACAAACAACAGUAUAAUGUAGGAUAAUUAACAAUAAUGUAUAAAGAUUGAAUGCUGAUGCGGUUAGUUGAGAUCCAAUAGCUGAAGGGAAAUGCAGGUACCUGUAAAAUACUUCCCACAUCAUCCCCCUUAAUGAAGUCAAUUUUCAAACUAAUUAACCAUAAAACCAACUAUACGUAUGAAUAGUUUCUGCCUUGUUUCUAACGAGCCUAGAUGCAAUCCAUCCAUAUAGUUUUAUAAAUGUUUUGAUUGUAAUUGUAAUUUUUGCGUAUUUAUAUCACCCUCCUAAAUUUUAAACAGAUUUAGUCCCUGCCCCGUAACUGUUCCUUACAUUAGUCAUUAGUAUAGUCAAAGUCAACAGUCUCUAGAAAAUUCGAUAUGUUAAAUUAUCGUGUGAUUUAUCAAUGUGAACAUUUUAUUUCCUAAAGAUAUGACUUCGACAAAAUAACUUGAUCUUUCAAUAUGGGAUCUAUUACUACUGCCUGGAUAAUACAGCAAGCAACACUUCCCGUUCGAAGUACAACCUAACAUUUACGUUUUAGUCCAUGUCCACAGGUUAAAGAUCUCAAUUGAACUGUAGACUAUAGGACACCGGUAUAUUUCACCCAACUCCGUGUGUAUCGUCAUACCGAAAACACCUUAACGCUGAAGAAAAUGCCGUCUUGCACGUACACUCACAGAUCGUUGUUACUUUGAUCCUGCGAGACAUCAACCUGCUGGCCAGUCCAUUCGUUGGUGAAAGCUGGGCACUCAUUACUUGCAGACCCCAUCGCUGUGUGCACACAAUGCAAAAUUCCUUAGAGUCGCUCGUGAACGUGCUGGAGUCCUAUAGGGGAAGAGAUAAAGUGAUACGGACGAUGUGCUACGGGUCUCAGCUGGUUGGUGGAGUUCUUUCUGAGAAGCUAGCCUCGUCAUCCUCCACAGAGCUUGGGAAGAGACUCCUGCUAUAUUCUGCACAGCUGAGCCACUGCCGAACUGUACUUAGACUCUUCGACGAUCUCUCCAUGCUGACUUAUUCACAGAGCUACGGCCUCGGCGCAGGGGAAGAAGAUUCUCCACUGCGUUGGAUGUCCGUGCUGAACAACGCGGCUGACCAGCUGUAUUACCCCUGUGAACACAUAGCGUGGGCUGCCGAUGCCCAGAUCAUCAGCACCAACUCUGACAAGUGGUGGCUACUGAGUGGCGUACUCUGGGGCUUGUCUCUGAUUUUAGGUGUUCUAAGGUCUCUGAGGGUUAUCGUGCUGCUGAGAAAGAAGUUAAGGAAGUUAAGUCAAGGCAGCAGUAGUGAAGGAUCGGUUGCUGGCAGGUCUCAGCUCCAAAGACAGGUGCGAGGGGAGGUCCUCAAUAUUCUCAGCAGCCUGGCGGACUUAAGUAACGCAGUUCAUUGGAUGCCCCCUGGUUUUCUCUGGGCAGGACGCUUUCCCAAUUGGCUUGUGGGACUCAUGGGCACUACGUCCUCCCUGAUUGGCUUGAUCCAGAUGGGUGCCAGUCAAGCCAUCAGUGCAUAGUCUUAUGUCUCUGACAAAUGGAAUCUUUUGACUAACUUACUUUGAUUACCGAAUCACCAUUAGAGUGGACGGCAUGAUUUGUUUUAUAGAUCACCAGGAAAAUGGGUAACAAAAACAGUGCCGAUCCAGUUUUUGAGUGACAAUGUUUUUGCCCAAUGUCUUUUCAUUAACAAAUUAAAACAUAGGCAUGGCGCAUCGCGGAGUGGCAUAAUGGAUUGUAUGUAAACCGGUUACCGACGUGAUUAAAAAGUUAUGUUAAUUAUAAUUUUGAUUAGAAACCAGGUGGUUUGAAUCCUUAAUACUGAUUGGCUUACAUCUGUGGUACAUGAGAUCCUAUUACACGGGUAUAACAAAACCUCUUUGGCUAGGCACUUUGUUCUGACCCGCCACAUGGCAUUGUGCUGUUAGACAUGGUGUAUUGGCCGUUAUUGCCCUAAGCUUGUGGAGAUUCAAUGUUGUUCCAGGGCUAUGAGUAAAACAUGAGAUGCUCCGUCAGCCUGUUGUGGCAUGUUCAGAAGGCCUAUAAUUUUUCUUGCUAUGCACUCUAAUGCUCUCUCAUUAUUCUCAGAAUUUCUGACAUAAACCCAAGGAGUGGGUGAAAGUAUACACAUAUAAAAGGUUAAAUUCAGGCUAUUUCUUUGGAUAAUUCUACUUGUUUUGUUAUUGCCGUAUCAUUAAAUGUUUUGUAUUUUGUUACUUGGGAUAUAUAAUUUUUUUGUCAAAUAUAAACAUAAUUUUGGCUAAGAAUAACAAAAACCCUUUCAAAGCAUUUAUUUAGAUUUUUUUGAAUUACAUUUAAUAAACUUGAGCACAAAAGUUAUGUG